GUAUGGGAUCACGCCCAGCAGGCCAGGUGUGCUAACUCGGACGAUGGAUCAGGACGACCUGCAGAAGCAGCUGUGAAGAAACGGUCAGGAGGCCUGACCUGAAAUCCUCGGCUCCCAUAACUGUGAAAACAGGUGGGAUUUCUCCUGGGACAACACCUCUUAUCCUGAUAUCCUACAGAAGGGGAAGCUCACUGGCCUGGGGUGAGGUGCUAAUUUGGAUACUUCACAGGGUUUUCUAAAUGAGAAAAGGUAUAUUGGGCAACUACUGACUUGAGACCUAUUUUUAGAAUGUCUGAAGAUGAUGAAAAAGUUACUCUUCGUCGUCUUGAACCUGCCCUCCAAAAAUUCAUUAAAGUGGCAGUUCCAACAGAUCUGGAAAGGCUGAGAAAGCACCAAAUAAAUAUUGAAAAGUAUCAGCGAUGCAAACUAUGGGACAGAUUACAUGAAGAGCACAUCAAUGCAGGACGUACUGUUCAGCAACUGCGAGCCAAUGUGCGAGAGAUGGAGAAGCUUUGUUCACGGAUCCGUCUGGAAGAUAUCCAAAUUCUGCAAAGAAUGAUAAAUCCAGUUAAGGAGGAAGCUUCAUUUGCCGUAAAAGAAUUUCUACUACUCCAUUCAGAAUCUGCAGAAGAACUUAAAAAGCAGUUUAAUGAGCAGGAAGAUACCACUGUAAAGCCUCCUCUAACUAGAUCUACAACUGUAGGUGGAGAACCUUUUUAUAACAUAGAAGCUGUGGGCAAUUCCCAGAGUUUUAUCCAGAUGCAUUCUCCACUCCCUGAAAUUCCUCAGGAUGAAAAUGCUGCUGAAUCAUGGGAAACAUUAGAAGAGGACUUGAUUGAACUCAACCAGCUAGUAACUGACUUUUCUCUGCUAGUCCAUUCUCAGCAGGAGAAGAUUGACAGAAUUGAAGACCAUGUCAACAAUGCUGCUGUGAAUGUUGAAGAGGGAACCAAAAACUUGGGGAAGGCUGCAAAGUACAAGCUGGCAGCUCUGCCUGUGGCAGGUGCACUCAUUGGAGGAGUGGUAGGGGGUCCUAUUGGUCUCCUUGCAGGCUUCAAAGUAGCAGGAAUUGCAGCUGCACUUGGUGGUGGGAUUCUGGGCUUCACAGGUGGAAAAUUGAUACAAAGAAGAAAACAGAAAGUGAUUGAGCAGCUCUCUUCCAGCUGUCCAGACCUUCCUAGUCAGAGCAACAAAAAAUCUAACUGAAGUGAGGCUGGGAACAGAAGUAAUAUCCCCAACAAUAAUGACAACUUGCAGUCUUUGCUUUGAAUAUAAAUCUGAGUCACAUGAAUUUGGACAACCAUAUUGCUGUUUUGGGGGGGGUGACAGAGUUGCUAGAACUUAAGCAUUUGAGAGAGUGCCACUGAGACAAGGCAGCGCUGUAGUUUUGAAAGCUGUAAGGACUGCAUUUUCAUCAUAGGCAUAUGGUGCAUUACGGCUGCAGCUGUAAUGAUGAAUGCCAGGUGUUCUGUGCCAAAUUCUCCUCUUAUUUUCUCUGAUGACAGGAGUAGAUUUAGUUGAGAGUUUAGAAUAAAUUUAGGAAAGCCUUGGAGCAUUCUCACCAAAGCAGAGAGACACCGUAAUGUUUGGAGUGUUUUUUCUAAGUGAUUUAAAAAAAAAAA